AUGAAUGUGAUAAAUCUCUCUGCAACUGACUUUCCCAUCAAGUCCGUGAGGAUAUUCAGCUCCGACGUAGCUGAGGUUACCCGCAUUUUCCCCCUCAACUUUACCCAGUCUCUAAAUGGAUCGCUGGCCAUCAAUAUUUCAAACCUUCCCCUACUGCAUCGUCAGAGUGGAAUUUGGGCAUCUGUGACCACUGGUUCAGAUGAUCUGCUGGUCGUAGAUUACUACCAUGGCCCGUCCGACUAUAAAUCCGACCCGUUUGGUCAUCGGCACGAGACUAGUAGUGAUGUCCUUCGUGAUCUGCAGGCCGAGUUUACGCGCCUACAGGAUGAGCGUCAGCUAAGGCAACAAAGCUUCGCCUUCCUGUCGACAUAUAUGAACUCUCUUGCCAAAGGAAAUGUUCUGGCGGGUGUGGCAGAACCCGCACACCUCGUUACACUUUUCGAUGAGUUCAUAGACAUUGGCAAGAGUCGAUCCGAAGUCAUUGCGGUACUUGACCAGCAGAUCAAGGACGUCAAGAAGGAAAUAGAUGAAGAAGUACAGCGACUUUUCCUCCAAUCCUGCGCCUUGGUGACCAAAGCCACUGUUAUUCUUGCACCAGUUUCUGGCCGCACCGCUACGGUCGCUGAGCUGGAACUGAAGUACAAGGUUAACGCUACAUGGAAGCCAGUAUACGAACUACAUGUCACGACCAUUGAUGGUGUCCCUUCUUCAUCAGUCGUUCUAACUUAUCGAUGCCAAAUUUCUCAGUCUACCGGGGAGGAUUGGGACGAUGUGGAGCUCGCGGUGACAACAGCAGAGCCCUAUGUUCAUUCAGUAGGGGUACCUGAACUGAAGAAGAUGGAGCUAAAGCAACAAGGAGGCUUUUGGAAGCCUGACCCUUGCGAUUUACCGGUCAAGCCCAAAAAUGUUCCAUUUUGGAAUACCACAGGACAUGCUUCACCCUUCGAGAGCAUUCUGUCCUCGACACAGCAAGACAGACGAAGCAUAUUUGGAAACACUCAAAGUGCUCCUCACCAAGCUGGGGCCACACAGGAACCUGCAGCAGAAAACGUGUUCGGAUUCUUACAGGGACAACCCACUGUCACAACUCAAGGUUUCUUUACAUCUACUCCAGCACAAUCAAGUACACUGGCAGGUCAACCGUUUUUCCAUUUUCUAGCACAAUCACAGGCAUCUUCCUUAACGACCGCACCACCAUCGCAAUAUUCAUCCAGUGCGCGGAACCCAAGUAGUGGCGGGAGUAACGCCACAGAGAACACCCUUAACUCCAAGCAACCAACAUCAAACUUGCAGCAGUCUCAGCCAUCGACUUCCUUGUCCGCUUCAGCGCAGUCAUCCAAGUUACAGCACCAAAGAGAACGCAUAGUGUUAGCAGAGCUCGACAAGGCCGUGGCUCACACAGCGACCGCAAAGGUGUUCAUUCCAAGUCGUGGAGUGGGAGGGACCCAUCACAUUCUUAUAGCAACUAUCCCACUGAAAGCGUCAUUUACCAGAGUCACAGUACCGAGCGUUAACUCCCAUGUCUUUUGGACUUGCGAGAUUUCGAACACAAGCAACUAUGCACUAACUCCGGGCACUAUUCACACUUACCUGGAUGGAAAACACGUUUCUGACAUGGAUAUCACGAGCAUCAAUCAGUCGCAGCCUAUCCAAUGCUCUCUUGGUAUUGACCCCGCGAUGGCCACGCAGUUCAACCGCACAAUCGGCUCACUACCUGACUUCAACGGCAAGGCGACUAAGACGUAUACUAUCACAGCCACUCUCAACAACACGCACCGCGACCCCGUCAGCAACGUCAUCGUUCGCACAUCACUUCCAUUUUCUGCAGACCCUCGUAUUACAGUCACGUUGCAAGAGCCCGGAGGCCUUGCUGACAUCGACUCGGGAACGGUACGGGUAGGAGAUGGGUGUUAUGCGAGGUGGUCAACCACUGGGGACCGCGCGGGAAAGAAUGAUGGACUGUUCGAGUGGGUGUGCAGUAGUGUGAAACCCGGUUCACAGGUGUUGAAGGCAGUGUGGCAUGUGACCACCCCCUGCGGUCUCAGUUACACAGAACCGUAG